CGUCAAAGCUGGACAUCCCAAGGGAGGUUGCGCAAUGGAUAUUGUAUCUACAAGAUUUAAUUUGAACGUGGAGCACCGAUCAGCAGUUAAGAUGCAGCACGUGGACUGUUUAAGCCGUUUCCCGCAGUCGUGCUUAGUAGUAAAAGAUGAAAUAACAGCGCGUUUAAAGAAGGCACAGCAGACAGAUGAUCAUAUUAUCGCGAUUAUAGAGGUACUAAAGCAGCAACCAUAUAAAAGCUUCAACGUGAAAGGUGGUUUGCUAUUCAAAGAAGUUGAAGGUAAUGAGUUAUUGGUUGUACCAAAGCUAAUGGAACGCGAGAUAAUACAACGAUCGCACGAGAUUGGACAUUUUUCGACGCGCAAGACAAUGCACGCUAUCCACCAACAGUACUGGAUACCGCAUUUGGAAACUGGGUAA